UGUGGGGGUUGGAGUCCAGCGGCACACCUGGGCGCGGUCCGACGGCUGCCUGCAGGGGCGGAGACGGGCGGGGCGAGAGGAAGGCAGCUGCGGCGCCGCCCCUUUUUGCUCGCGGGCCCUUUCGCUUUCGUUUCCCGCGGCGCUCCAGCUGUUGGCGUAGGUGUCUCCGCCCUCCCGGGCUGCCUCCCUCCUGGCGGACUUGCGGGUUUCUCCGAUGGCGGCUGCCGUGGCGGUGCUCGAGGUCCCCUCGGACGUGGCCGAUGAACUGCUGGUGUUUUACUUCGAGAACCGUCGGCGCUCGGGCGGCGGGCCGGUGCAGAGCUGGCGGCGGAGGGGCGGCCGCGCCAUUCUAACUUUUGAGCGCCCCGAAGAUGCCCAGAGGGUCCUCUCCAGAACUGACCAUGCCCUGCAAGGGGUGCACCUGACGGUCCAGCCCGCUGCUCCUCGGGAUUAUGGGAAAGUGGUCCUCCAGGGCUUGAACCCCCAAAGCAGCCUGGAGCUGGUGGAGCUGUAUGUGGAGCACAUACUGGAUUGCGAGAGGAACGCUUACUCCAUCCACCGCAGCCCUGCCGGGGACCAGGCACUGGUGGAGCUGCAGGCGGCGAUCAGCCACCCAGAGUUCUUGGCGCUGGCGGAUCGUGUGCAAAGCCGGAUGCUGGACGGGGCCAGCUUAGUGCUGGAUUGGGUGGAGCAGACAGACAGCAUCCUGGUUCAGAGUCAUCAUGGCAGCCAGCUGCAGCCAGAGGUGCUGACCCUCUACUUUGAGAGCAGGCGGAGUGGCGGGGGCCGUGUGCAGUCAGUGCGGCUUCUCCCGGGAGGCAUGUUGGCUGUGGUCUCCUUUCAGGACCGCACAGUGGUGGAUCGGGUGCUGAAGCAGCCCCAUCAGCUCCCAGAUGGUGAUCUGAAGGUCUCCCCUCACUACGACUUCCUGGAAGCCCCAGAGGCAGCGGCAGAGCUGCAGGUGGGAGGAGCUGGCAUGGCCCUGUCCACCACCCUUCCUGUUGCAGAAGCAACUACAAGGCGACUGCUGCAGUCCAAGGGCAUCCUGCAGGAGCUGGGGGCCUCUGCUCCCGAAUGUGUGCUUCGCUGCGAUGAGGCUGGGCUGCACAUCUUGGGUGGGGAUCCGAUUCUUCGACAGCAGCUGCAGGAGUGCAUCCAGGCAGCCUUGCAUGCAGUGACACAGGAGCGGCUCCCUUCCUCAACCUUGGUGCUUGAGUUCCUGCAGCGGACAGAUGUGCAGGAGCACCUGGCGGAACAACUUGCUGAGCACGGGGUGGGCGCCUGCUACAUUCCCACUGCAGAGGAGGUGCUCAUCAUUGCCCUGAAGCCUUCUGUGGCUCAGCUAGCCGCUUCUCUCCUGGGCUCCUUUCUCAGCUCCAUCUCCCUGCCCUUGUCCGAGCGGCAGUUGCUGGCCUUGGCAUCCCCACGCUGGGCCCAAGUGCAGGCGGGACUGCGCUGCUGCUGCGUGUGUCUAGCUGAGGAUGGGGAGCACCUGGAGGGCCUCACCCUGCCUGGCCUGGAGGAGGAGAAUGUGGCUGAGCUGAAGCGUGGCCUGCAGGACUGCCUGCCGGAUGAGAUGCUGGUGACCAUGGAGCCUGGCCGUCUUCACUACCUUCAGCUCCAUCGCCAUGAACUGCUGGCUGGCUUGGCUGAUGUCACACUGCUGCCCCUGGAAGGAGCCGAGGUCACUGGCUUGCGGCUGAACGGAGAUUCUUGGGCGUGCCAAGCUGCGGCUGAACUCCUCCAAAGUCUGCUCUGUGCCAUCCGUGUUCGGACUGUGGUGUUGCAUCUGCCUGGUGUGAGCCGCUUCUUGCUGGAGGAGCGUGGCCAGGCCAUCCUGCAGGGCCUGGAGAGGAGCUUCUCCUGUGCCUUCGGGCUGGAGCACCUCCAAUGGCACCCCCCAGAGUCCCAGCACAACUUGGAGACCUCACAGGAGCCAAUUGCCCUCAUGUGCCGGCGGGAUUCCCUACGUGGCCUCAAACAGCAGCCGAAGAACCCAGUCGGGGUGGCCGAAGGGCAAAGCGAAGCUAACCUGGAAGAGAUCAAGGGCCUGCUGGCUGCCCUCCAGCCUCCCCGGGUAGCCUUUCCUGCAGCGGAGGAAGAGGCGGCAGAGACGGCUGCAGAGCCAUUGGUGGAGGUCCCCCCCGCCUUUGAGCGGCAGACCAGCUUGGCUGACCUCGACGCAAUAGAAGAAGGGCCCUUGCCUGUCCCAGGCCCCAUUCCAAGCCUGGCAUUGGAGGAAGAAGAGGAGGAGGCACAACUGCUCCUGGCCAUUCAGCAGUCCAUGGACAGCGCUCGGCAGGAAGUGGAGGAGCUGGCGCGUGCCACUGAGCUCUCUCUGCGCUCCUUCGAGCAGGAGCAGCCAUCCAGUCCAGAUGCCGACAUCCGAUCUGUCAUGAGGGCCUCUCUGGAGGCAGCGGCUGCAACCCGUCUACAAAUCUACACCGCCUUGGAGGAGGAUGCAGAGGCCGUGGUGCAGGAGCUGGAGCAUGCCCUGGGCAUGCACCUGCGGGAGGAAAUGGUGCAGAAUGAGGCCCUCUUGUCUCUGCCUGCUCUCUGCCUUGACUAUCUGACCUACCUGGAGAGGAAGCAUGCAGUGAACAUCACGCUUGCCGGCCCCGUAGCCACUGUGUCGGGCUUCUUGGACUACCCUGUGGCCGCCACACGAGACCUCGCCCUGCUGCUGGCCCGGCUGCUGCACGUGGAAGUGGCUGAGGGCUGUGGGGAUGCCCGCUGGGUCCGCUGGGAGCCCUCUGAGCAGGGCUUAUCCACCCCCUAUUCGGCUCAGGCCAGCGCCCUGCUGGAGCAAGCAUGGUGCCGCGGCCAUAAGCGCAUCGAGGUGUUCUUCGACGGGCGGCCUUUUGCUGUGGACUUUGAGCGGAUGGAGGAGUACGACGUUGGCAAUGGCUGCACUCUACCCAUUGGCCGCACUGAGCUCCAGCUGCCACUUGCUUCUCCAGGUAGAUUCCCUGCGCAGAGUGCCCCACCCACCCUGCUAGACCCCCCAGCUGAGGGCGAAGUAAAGCUGCUUCCACUGGCUGAGGACUCCGAGGAAUUUCAGAGGACCAUCCAAGGCUUCUAUGACACCCUGGCUGGGCUUCACGGCAAGCUCUGGAUCGUCAAGCUGGAGAAGGUGAUGCACCCGCUGCUCUACCAGCAGUAUCAGCUGAAGAAGGCUGCCAUGCAGAAGGCCUGCGGGCACCAGGCGGUGGAGCGGAUCCUGUACCAUGGCACAACGGAGCAGUCCAGCCACGAGAUCUGCCAGCACGGCUUCAACCGCAGCUUUUGUGGCAAGAACGCCACACACUACGGCCAUGGCGUCUACUUUGCGGUCAAGGCGUGUCUUUCGGCGCGUGAUCAGUACUCGCCUCGCAGCCCCGAUGGCAACAAAUACAUCUUUGUGACCCGGACGCUGGUCGGGGACUACACAGCGGGCAACGCCAGCAUGCGAGUGCCACCCCUGCGGGAAGGAGAUGCCACCCUCCGGCGGUACGACAGCACAGUGGACAAUCCGAGGAAGCCCUCCAUCUUCGUCAUCUUCAAUGACACGCAGGCCUACCCCGAAUACCUCAUCACCUGUCGGUGGGUGGACCCGAAGGGGAGGCCUCCCCCCGUCUCGCCCUUGCCACCCUGGUGAAGGAGAGCUGGUUUUCUGCAGGAGGGCUGCUGGGCAGGCAGGGGCAGAGCUAGGGAAGGCAAUGGGGCACUGGUGGGAGCAGUUUAUAGGGGGCAAAGCAUGGCAGUGCCCACAACAAACCUGCCUGCCCCCUCUUCCUUGAAGGUGGGCCUCAGGCCCUGGGGCAGCACCUGGAGGGCUCCCUCGCUGAGGUCCAGGCAGCCCCAGGGGCGAUUGUGCCCCCCCAAGAAACACACUGGGACCUCCUGCUCUUCAAGUGCUUCCCCCCCCUUUUUUAAAAAAAUAACUGGUUGUUUCCUUUAAAGCUACAGACGUUAAUAAAAAUAAAUAAAGAA